AUGACAAUGUCAACUGGUAUUCCAGCAGUGAAGAGGAGGAGGGGAGCAGUGUUAAAUCAAUACUAAAAACCUUAAAGAAACAAAGCGAAAAUUUUAGGAAUCGGCAACAACAUUCCACAGAGCAGCACAUGCUGGGUAUUCCUACUGAUCCGAGGCUGGCAAAAGAGAAAGGUGCAGGGCCUCAGGCUGCAGACCCGCGACUUCGGGCCUCUCCGAGGUCCAACCCCAGAAAGCCUUCAGAAUCUGCCUCCCUGGACCCACGGCUCUUACGAGAUCCCAGGAUGCACAAGGUCAGUGAGGGUGCUCACGCCAGCUCGUCCCUCGGGGGAGCAAAGCUGGAUUUACACCACGUGCACGCUGGAGUUAAAGUCAAGCAAAAAGGGAUGGACGAUGAUGAAGAGGACUCAGAAAGAGAACUGAGAGAACGAGCUUUUCUGAUACCGUUGGAACCUUUGCCGGGUGUAACGUUAAGGGAUCCCCGAUCCCAGCUUAGGCAGUUCAGCCACAUUAAAAUGGACGUCACCCUGAUGAAACCAAACUUCGCUAAGCAUAUUGUAUGGGCACCCGAAGACUUGCUCCCAAUACCUUUGCCUAAGCCUGACCCCGUCUCUUCAAUCAAUUUACCUCUUCCUCCACUCAUUGCUGACCAGAGACUCAAUAAACUGCGGAAUCUGAAAAACGAGCCCCAUGCAAAUGCCGUGCCAGCCGACCCGCGACUCGCCGCAAAGGCAAAGACCAGCUUGGCGGGCAGGAGCGGCUAUCUGGAUCCGUCCGCAGAUUCGCACGCCAGCAGCUCGAGCAAGUUAGGAGAUCCUCGCUUACAAAAAAACGUCGAUCCCAGACUCCACAGACUGUCGAGUGCAGAUACGCAUCACGGAGUCACAAAGGAUUCGCACCCUCCCAAGUUUGACCCCCGCCUCGCCAGAUCCGCUGCUGGCUCGUCGCAGCCCUCGGAAGCCGCGACUGCUAAACCCGACCCGGAUGCUUUGCCUCCGUACGCACCCAAAUUAUCCUCGAGUGGCGUUAGGCUGGGAACUCCGGGCUCCAUACUGAGCGGUAUUAGUUUGUAUGAUCCCAGAGAUCACAGCUCAUCAUUGGACACGGCUCCAGCUAGUUCAGGAGAGAACGGAGAGAACCAGAAAAAAAGUAUCUUGAAAAAUUCUGGUAAAAAUGAACCCAGUCUCUCAGAAGAUUCAUCGCUGCAGAAAGCUGCCUCGAACGUGGAAAAAAAUACAGAAGGAUCAGCGGAAGCUACUUCAGAUAAAGCAAAUAGCACCAGUAAAUCUCAGGCUAAACACUCCAGCGCUGCACCUGCGGUGCAUAAUCUUCCUAUCCAAGCUUUAUCGGGAUUAAUCAGACCGCAGUACAGCGACCCGAGGCAGGUUAGACAGCCUGGACAGGUAACUCAGACACAGGAUAAUGAUCCGAAUGGGGAAUCAGAUGAUAAGUCCUUAAAAGAUGUUUUCAAGACUUUCGAUCCGACUGCUUCACCGUUUUGUUAGCAAUUGAUUUUAAGUCUUUUUACUGUUGUGAAUAUUGCAGUUUUCUGCUGUUUUGUAACUGGUUUACCUCUUUGCUUUAUUUAUUUUUAAAUUAUAAUUAUCAACACUUUUCAGCUGCUAAUCUCAGAACCACAUGCAGUUAUACAGUAUGCUAUAGUGUUUGCAAAGCUGUGGUAUUUUCUAUAUAAUACUUUUCCAAUUUCAGGGAGACUAAUAAUUGAUAUGUAGAAAAAAAAAAAAAAAAGGCAAAACAAACCCCAUGUAUCGUGUUAGAGCUGAUAAAAGCACUUUCAUUGUAAAUAAGUCAUUAAGAAAGUCCGAAGACCUGUAUAUGUGUGAGCUGUCUCUUUCAUAAACAACAUUUAGAUAUGAUUGCCACAUUUGUAUGAUUGUAUAGAUACAAGCAAUAUUAUGUACAUUACUGUGAGAGACACUGUUUGACAAGGAUUGUCUGACACAUCAAGCCAAACCUACUAACUGAUUUAAAACCUACGUAAAUGAUUUAAAAGGAAAACGUUGAUCCUCCUUUUCAGAUCAGUUGAUGUAAGGACAUUGACAGUUUUUAUUCAUGUAGUCAAUAUUCUUAGUGUAAAAGAGACCUAUAUCGCCUAUUGAGGAUUAAAAAUGUCAUAUCUUUUAAAAGUAUUUUAUUCUAUGCUGUAUAUAGAAGAAAUUGUGAAGUACAUAACUAGAAGAAAGUUACUGUUAAAAGUGGAGAAUACCUAAGUUGUCUAAUACAAAAAAGGUUUUUAUUUAAUUUUUUCACGCAUACACGAUUAUGGUUAGUGCUCUAAGUUACAUUGUGGUGUUCAUGUAUUUCAAUGUAUUUUUGUAUUCAGCUGCUUAAUUUGUAUUGCUUUUUUUGUAUUGAUGUAACUGCAGUACUUGUAUUCAUGGUGUCUUUAUGACAUUUUUAACAAAAAAAUUAAAAAGGGUACAGUUAAAGUCUGGCAAUGGCUGUGAUGUUGACACGUUGGCCUUGGGGAAGGAGCAGCGGGGGUGUCUGCAGGACGAAGGGGACUAAGCCUGGGUUUAGUGCAGCCCUUACCCCAUUUUGCAGUCAGGUGGUAGCGGGUUUUUAAACGAACCUUGUGCUGAACCCAAAUGGAGUUAGCUUGCUGCGUGGUUCCAAGAUCAGACCGCUGAUCUGGAGAGAGUCGUCAUUGUCCUCUUACUAGGGUUAUCAGAAUUGCUAUGAGACAAUGUCAUGCAUGUUCUUUAAUUUCUGAAGAUGUUGCAUGCCGAGAGCACAGCUGUCCUCAGAGCCUCUCUUGUUUUGCCUUUGGGGUUGCUUUUUAUCUAGAGGAAAUGUAGUCGUAUAUACCUAGCCAGCUGCAUUUGUAAUAAACAUUUGCCAUCUGCUCAAUUGCC